AUGAUCGAGGACGCCGAGGCGCGAGGGUAUUUAAGGCCACAUACCGGGAGCGUCCUGUUUGAGGGCACGGUCGGGAGUACGGGUAUUAGUCUGGCAACGGUCGGAAAGGCAAAGGGAUACGAAUCACACAUUAUCAUGCCGGAUGAUGUGGCUAUUGACAAAGUGCUCAUUCUCGAGCGUCUUGGAGCUACAGUCGAGCGUGUUCGUCCCGCAAGUAUCAUUGAUGAGAACCAGUUCGUCAAUGCGGCCCGGAGGAGGGCACACGAAUUCGGCAAUAUCGAUAUCGUAUCGGAUGACGAGGAGCUGGUAUCAACCCAGGCGACCGAGAGUGAGAGACGUUCACGCCGCUCCUUCGACGCCGCUCGGCGCGGUUUCUUCGCCGAUCAAUUCGAGAACGAGUCCAACAUGAUGGCACAUUUCGAAGGUACGGGACCCGAGAUCAUCCGCCAAACAGGGGGACGAUACGAUGCCUUUGUCUCGGGUGCCGGAACAGGUGGAACCCUCUCUGGAACGGGACGCGCUCUGAAAAUGGCCAAUGGAGAAUGUAAAGUCAUCCUGGCCGAUCCGGAGGGAAGUGGGUUAUUCAAUCGCGUCAAGUAUGGUGUCAUGUUUGCCCCCCAAGAAAGCGAGGGCACGAAACGCCGGCACCAAGUCGAUACCAUUGUCGAGGGUAUUGGGAUUAAUCGACUGACCCGCAAUUUCGAGGCUGGCGAGCGCUUGAUCGACGACGCGUACAGGAUAUCCGACCUCGAGGCGGUCGCCAUGUCCCGAUACUUGGUGGACCAUGACGGCCUGUUCCUCGGUUCCUCGAGCGCGUGUAAUCUUGUCGCAUGUGUGCGGCUCGCAAAGCGUCUUCCCAAGGGGUCUAGGAUUGUGACGAUUCUCUGCGAUUCGGGGGCACGGCACCAGUCCAAGUUCUGGAGCGACGAGUAUUUGGCGCAACAUGGCAUCAAGGUCGAUGUGGGCAUUGUCGAGCGGUUGAUCAAGGCGUAG